UCACGAGCCACAUGAUUCUCUCUCUCCAGUAACAGUGCUUGCAAAAAAAAGGAGUUUUAAAGCUUUUGCUUUUUUGGAUUGUGUGAAUGCUUCAUUCGCCUCACAAACAACCACAGAACCACAAGUGCGGUGCAAACUUUCUCCAGGAGGACAGCAAAGAAGCCUCUGGUUUUUAAAUGGUUAAGCUCCGCAGGUCACUACCAGCCACUGAGACCAACAGAGUCAGUAAGUGCUCUCUAACCACAGUCUAUGCAGUAAUAGUAGGUCCUUCAAAUAUUUGCUCAUUCUCCUUUUUUUUUUUUUUCUUUCUGUUUUGUUUCCUCGCUUUUCACAUGUUACCAGUGCUACCCAAUUUUUUGACAGCAAAAAAACCAUCUCUUGAGUCUAUGCGAUCCAGAGACGCUGCAAAACUAAAACGAGGUCUGGCUAUGGUUUGUGUUUGCAGUUUGAGGAUCCAAGAGGCAUUUGCACCAGGAGGCGAAAGCUCUGCCUGAAACGAGAGGGACUAUGGCAUCAAACAGCCUCUUCAGCUCCGUGACACCAUGUCAGCAAAACUUCUUUUGGGAUCCCAGCACCAGCCGGAGGUUCAGCCCCCCCUCCAGCAGCCUGCAGCCCGGCAAGAUGAGCGAGGUCAGCCCGGUCGUAGUGGCCCAACAGCAGCAGCAACAGCAACAGCAACAACAGCAAGAAGCCGCCGUGCCCCGGCUGCGGCCGCACGAUAACCGCACCAUGGUGGAGAUCAUCGCCGACCACCCGGCCGAGUUGGUCCGCACCGACAGCCCCAACUUCCUGUGCUCCGUGCUGCCCUCGCACUGGCGCUGCAAUAAGACCCUCCCGGUGGCCUUCAAGGUGGUGGCCUUAGGAGAAGUGCCCGAUGGGACUGUGGUCACCGUGAUGGCUGGGAACGACGAGAACUAUUCGGCAGAGCUGCGAAACGCUUCUGCUGUGAUGAAGAACCAGGUGGCCAGAUUCAAUGACCUGCGAUUCGUGGGCAGAAGUGGCAGAGGGAAGAGCUUUACUUUGACAAUAACUGUCCUGACAAAUCCCCCCCAAGUCGCUACAUACCACAGAGCCAUAAAGGUUACGGUGGAUGGGCCGAGGGAGCCAAGAAACCCCAGGCAGGCGCAGUCGUCCCCGCCGUGGUCCUAUGAUCAGUCGUACCCGUCCUACUUGAGCCAGAUGACUUCGCCGUCCAUUCACUCCACAACUCCCCUGUCCUCCACCCGAGGCACAGGACUUCCAGCCAUCACCGACGUGCCCCGACGCCUCUCAGGUGCUUCCGAGCUGGGCCCAUUUUCAGAUCCCAGGCAGUUCACAAGCAUUUCAUCCCUCACUGAGAGCCGCUUCUCCAACCCACGAAUGCACUAUCCAGCCACCUUUACCUAUACACCGCCCGUCACCUCAGGCAUGUCACUGGGUAUGUCCGCAACCACUCACUACCACACCUACCUGCCACCACCCUACCCCGGCUCCUCCCAAAACCAAAGUGGACCUUUCCAGACCAGCAGCACUCCAUAUCUCUACUAUGGCACUUCGUCGGGAUCGUACCAGUUCCCCAUGGUGCCGGGAGGGGACCGCUCCCCUUCCAGGAUGCUUCCUCCGUGCACCACCACGUCCAACGGCAGCACGCUGCUAAACCCAAACUUGCCCAACCAGAGUGACGGUGUGGAGGCGGAUGGCAGCCACAGCAGCUCCCCAACUGUUUUGAAUUCUAGUGGCAGGAUGGAUGAGUCCGUUUGGAGGCCGUACUGAGAUUGCUUCUGCCCGGCCCGACCUCUGCGAGCCAAAAACCCAAACGGUCGACAAACUACGAAGUGCCUGGCUUUUGUUUUACUUUUUUUUCUUAAAAAAAAAAAAAAAAAAAAGAAAGAAAAAGAAAAAAAAAAGAAAGAAAGAAAAAAAAAAAUUGAUAGAUUUUACCAAUGUUUGCAACUGUGUAGAUGGGAUGAUAACGGCCAUAAAUAACACAAGAGUUAACCAACACAGCACCACCCAUGUUUCAGUUUAUUUGGAUCAAAGCUUUUUUUUUUUUUUUUCUU